GUUAGGGCACUGCCCCUGCCAAUGAGCUGUCGGCCCCGGGGCCAGGGACGCGUGCGUUGCUGGGGAGGAGUCGGCACUUGAGUUCUAACUGGGACUGUUAGGCGGGCUUGGAGUCCAGAGUUGCCUUCGGGUCCUCUAGCUUUCCUAAGUCAGUUUCGGUCUUUCUCUCCUCCCCUUCUCGGCCUCCUUCCUCCUCCUCAUCUCAGCUCCACACCCGGACGGCGCCCGCCUCUCUUUAGCCGGUUGCGCCUGCGCAGUCCCGUCGCCCGGGGUUGGGGGGGGGGGUGCGGAGCGGGGCGGCAGCUGAAGCCUCAGGUUUCCUGCCCCACUUCCUCCUCCUCCUAGCUCUCCGGGUGCGUUGGCUUGCUCGGCCGGCGGGAUGGCGGCGCUGGGAGGCCGGCGGGGGUCUCCUCGGCCGCUGUUCCUGCCGCCGCCGCCACUGCUGCUGCUGCUGCUGCUACUGCUGUUGAAUCCCUUUGGGGUCCGAGCGGUGCCCGAAGAAGACGCCGGCAGUCGGAACAAGGAGCCUCCGGCACCUCCCCAGCAGCUCCAGCCACAGCCGGCCGAGGUUCAGGGGCCUGAGGCGGCCCGUGCCGAGAAAGGACCUACACCAGCUUCCCCAAUUCAUAUUAAUAAUGAAGAUCCUGCUGGCCAGACUAAUUUGGGAUUUAUCCACGCAUUUGUGGCUGCCAUAUCAGUUAUUAUUGUUUCUGAAUUAGGGGACAAGACAUUUUUUAUAGCUGCCAUCAUGGCAAUGCGCUAUAACCGUUUGACUGUGCUAGCAGGGGCUAUGCUGGCCUUGGGCCUAAUGACAUGUUUAUCUGUUUUGUUUGGCUAUGCCACCACCGUUAUUCCCAGAGUAUACACGUAUUAUGUGUCAACUGCAUUAUUUGCAAUUUUUGGUAUCAGAAUGCUUAGGGAAGGCUUGAAGAUGAGUCCAGAUGAGGGUCAGGAGGAAUUGGAAGAAGUUCAAGCAGAAAUAAAGAAAAAAGAUGAAGAACUUCAAAGAACUAAACUGUUAAAUGGGCCAGGAGAUAUUGAGACUGGUACAAGCACAACAAUACCUCAGAAAAAGUGGCUGCAUUUUAUUUCUCCUAUUUUUGUUCAAGCUCUUACUUUAACAUUCUUAGCAGAGUGGGGGGAUCGCUCUCAACUAACUACAAUUGUUUUGGCAGCAAGAGAGGACCCUUAUGGUGUGGCAGUAGGUGGAACAGUGGGACAUUGCUUAUGCACUGGAUUGGCAGUAAUUGGAGGAAGAAUGAUAGCACAAAAAAUAUCUGUUAGGACUGUUACGAUCAUAGGAGGAAUCGUCUUCUUGGCAUUUGCCUUCUCUGCACUAUUUAUAAGCCCUGAUUAUGGUUUUUAAUGAGUCCUCUCCAUUUGUAUUUAGAUUAUAAGAUAGGGUGUUGCCUAUCUUUUUGUACAUAGUGUAUAUUGACAGUAACUAUGAAAAAUGCUGUAUUUUAUUUUAUAGCAUUGAUUUGUGAGUUUAGCCCACUAUAUGAUGGCAGUUUUACAUGAAAAAGGAUAACCAGUGAUUCUAUCUGUAAUGUAGAUUUUCUUCUAGAUGGUCCCAUUAUUUAAAAUGAAUGGUGGUAUUUUUUUUCCCCUCCUAGUCUUGCCUUCCUUCUGUCCCUGUCCCCACACCCAGUGUUUUGGCAUCUGGUACUAACUCACUGGUCAUCUCUAGAACGUUUUCCUUUCUUUUGGACACCAUCUGGUAAACUGAAUAGCUUCCUUUUUGAGUGUGUUCACAAUUAAGAUUGUCUUUUAAGAUUGGCCACAUGUGAAUGAUAGGAUAUACCUGAACGUGUGCGAUUCAGGAAAAUAUUUGAAAAAAAAUACUUCCCCAAGUAUUGGCAUCUCUAGCCUAGGCCAACAGUCUUUUAGAUAUUAGGCUCUUUGGAUGAAAUAUUAGAAAUGCUGAUUUCACUGCUAUUUAACAAUAAACAAUCCAUAGGACUUUUGUUUUCCUUGCCCACUUUUUAAAAAAUUGGGUUGGAAACUCACAAUAUACAGUAAUGGUCAAUAUUUGACAAUGCUGAAUUACCAAAUUAAAAAAGAAAAUGCUGUAUUUAUAUUUUCUCUAUAGCAAAUAUUCAAUGUAAUAUGGAAAUGAUGUAAAUAAAAAUAGUGGUAAGAACAUUGGUGGGUUUUCUGUGAAUAAACUUGUAGAGGUUUAUAAAAGAGUGUCUAGUUAGUAAUCCCAGUGUUAUAGAAGCAGGAUUAACUAUUGUUUAAAUGGCUAGGUGUGAGCUGUGACCAUGGCUAGCUUGUCAGCCUUCCUCCUGCUCACAACACUGGCCUAAGAAAUGUUAACUUUAACACAAAGCUGUGGUGGUGGUUUAACAGCCCCUAACUAACUCUUCCCCGGGUAAUACUCCACAUAGGACUAGUCUGCCUCAGAAGGAAGGAGAAGAUAAUCAAAACCCUAAGCGCUUCACCGCUACGUAGCUGAAUAUAAAAAAAAGGGAGAGGCCAUUGCCAAUGAUUCUGAAAAUAUUUUAUCUAGUUCUGUGCCACAUGAAGACAGUGAUUUAUAUCAGAUAUAAGUGACAUUGGAAAACAUUAGCAUUGAGGUAUUGUUUUUAUUUUCAAAACUGAAUAAGAGAAAAGGUGGGGGUUUUUAACAUCAAGAAAAAAACAUGCUACUGUUUGGCUCUUUUUGCUAAAGUUUUGAAUACAGUAUUCUAAGGGAAGAUGCAUUGUUAGUAGUACAGGGUUUUUUUGUUUUGUUAUUUUUUUUUAAGCUCUACACAAAUUCCUAAGGAUAACUUGGCAAAACAAUAGUGUAGAUGACUGAUAGGGCUUUUUUGGCCAUAUAACAAAAGACAGUAAACUACUAACUUGCCUUUUCAAAACAGUUAGAUGGAAGUGUUGCCAAAAAACAAGCAUAACCAGCAGUAAUACUGAAGCACAAAAGGCAACACUGAACUGACAUGCCAUGGAACAAAAUUAAAAUGGUAUGUGCGUGCCUCAUGUGCUGUAUACUCCUUAACUUAGUAGCUGAGGCCAGAGGAUGCUCUUGGGAGUUUGCAUUUGAUUUAAGUAGAAUAAUGCUCUAGGCUCUGCGGCUACCCAGAGAUCCUAAUACAGCACCACAGAAACCAUUCUUUAGCCCUCAAGCUUUGGUGCAGCAUAGGAUGUUGGCAGAACAUAAGAAAUGACAAUUGUCCUCAUUAUUUAACUAAAGGGUUUAGAUGGAAAAUUCAGCAAUCCCUUUUGAGAGUCAAAUUUUGUCUAUUUAAUCUGAUGAUUACCCUGUGUAAAAUGGAGGCAUAUUUUUAGCUAAUUAAUUCAGCUCAAGACUCAAGAGAAACAGGAAUAAUAGAUCAGAGACACACACAGAGAACUCCAGAAAAUUCAGUUAUUCUUGUUACAACUACCAACAGAUGUUCUUAAUUAGAAAUUUACAAAGAUAAACAUUUUUGUCUUCAAUUUGUAUCCAGAACAGCAUUGAUUUCAUUUGUCUUUGGGUUUUUUAUAUAAAGUGAACAUGGAAUCAAUUUCCUUGCUGCUGAGGCCCUUUUCAAAUGUAUACCACAGUUAAAAUGCAUUUGGAAAUAGUUCUAGUGGUGGUCUAAAUAUACCUGUUUGGGGUUGGCAUCAGUAGGGGGGAAAAUAGAUAUUUUCUGACCAUUUAACUUUAAAAAUGAUUGUCUAGUUACUCAACCCAGUAACACCAUUGGGUGGGGACAAGGAUUUCAAGGUAAAAACAUUUACAGAGCAUCCCCCACAGAAACUCUUCAGUGCCAGGUAUUUUGGUGCAAACAUUGCCAGCAAUGAACUUGCACCAGUAGUCUAGUUAAGCACACAGAGAGAACAUUCAAACAAUGUCACCCUUUAAGUGAUGUCACAGUUUGUUUGCCUAGAAAUUUUAAAAGCAUAUUUAUCACAUAUUCAAAAUUUUUACCCAUCAAGUCAAAGACGGUUUUUUAUAUUACCAAAAGCCAGUAUGCCUUAUUUUGACAUCCAGAACUCAGGAGAAGCCUCUGAUAUGUCUAAACUAGAUAGCCUACAUCCACCCGAAAUGACAUUUAUCAAAACUCCCUGCGUGCUUCAGUUGCCCAAAUAAUACUUCAUCAGACUGUGCUACAAAUGGAGACAGAAAGUAAUGGAAGAUCCAGUUGGGGGAUGUCUGGGUUCAGGAGGAUUGACCAAUAUUAACAUAGAAAGGUGUUUAAUGAUUUUAUUAUGCAGAAGAGAUUGUACCACUUCUGCUGUGCCUCCUGGGAUUAGUAGUGGUAUUACAACCAUUAAAAGAUACCAGUCACUUUCUCAAGAGUUCAAAAAGUAGACAGACUCGAGGGCAAAAUGUGCCGUAGGUUCUGUGCACCCUCUGGCUGCACUAGGGAAGGAAUUACAAAUAAAGUGCCUUUUAUACUUUUACAAAACACUAAACCUUUGAACAAGUAAACCCUACAGAAUAGAAAAGGCAACGAGUGAAAAAGUUUUUUGAAGGGGUUAUUUAUUUACCUUUAUUUUGAUUUUUUAAAACCAGUUAUGAGCAGUAGGGUGAAGAGCUAUUUUUUUGCCAUAUUUUAGAUGUGGGGCUGUCAUUCCUUCACUGCUGACCCAUGUGAGGACUGCCAAAGAUGCCCAUGAAAGUGAUAAGUAGCAGGGAACCCAAGUGAGAGGGUUUUCUUUAUGCCAAUUCAAAAGCAAACAAAGCAUUUAUACAGAAAUCACUUUAAUGAAAUUUAACACUCACUUUAAAAUAAAUACUUUUAGUCUUUUAAUAAGUCACAUAAGUGCUUUCAAAGCAAUUAUUCCUUUAAAACCAGUUUCUAAAUUAUUUAUAAAUACUAUUUUGAUUGUCUCAGUGCAGCACCUCUCAGUGUUUGCUGGUGGGUAAAGGUUUCUUAUGUAAGAUCUUUAAAAAUAAUAUCCUAUUUUAGUAAGGAGCAUCAUGCUGGGGAAACCCAGACAGUUAACAAAAUAUAAAGCACUGAAAACAUCAAAGAACCUUUAAAUUACUAUUUUAUUUAAGAAAAAUAAGGAAUGUAGUGUUAAGUUAGGACAUGAAGAAACUUUCAAAAUUCUCAUGGACAAGCGGUUUAAAAUUUUUUUAAUGUCCAAGUUUGAUUUAUUUCUGAAUUUGCAUUCAGUUUCUAAUAUUCUGCAUUAAUAACCAUCUCAAUACAUUUCAGUUGUCUCCAGUUUUUCUGAAAGAGAUAAUAUAAGAUUGAAAUGACAAAUUUUUCUCAAUCUUGUCCAAAGCAGCCAUUUCCCAGGUUUUCUAGUACAAAGCUGUUUCAAGAACAAUUUAAAUGAGACACUAAAAUGGCCUGCCAAUACUGCAGGGCACAACAUUUAAAACAUUCAGAACAAUUUGGUUUGCUUCUCAAAAUUGAUAUAUUCUAGAAUUUGCAAUUACCAAUUCAUCGAACUUUAGAUCUAUACCCCUACUCAGAAGGAAAUUUUUUCUAGACCUCUGAAAACUAUUAACAGGCUCAUUGGUCUUUUUAAUGUUUUGGUGGCCACACAAAAGGCAAGACAGAUUUGAUAAAAUCUCUAAAUGGAACUAAAAAUUUACCCAUAAACAAUUCCUUCAACAUUUAAAAAACAAUAACAGAGCCAAGUGGUUUUUGACACUUUAAAAUCACUCCCAUAAACCAAAGGUUCACCAGGUCUAAAUGUUUAAAAUGCUUCACUUUAUUCAACUGACAACUUUGGGGCCCUUUGGGAAUAACUUCAAUCUGUAAUGAUAAAACUGUUUGUCAAAAUGAGUAAUUGCAAUAAAGUGCUCGUGUGUCCA